AUGAUCCAAUCGGUGGGAGUGGGAGUGAGAAUUCUCGCGCUGUGCUCUGGAGAGAAAACCGAUGAGAGCGCUCGCAACUCGAUCGUUCUUAGCUUUGGAAGGCACAAGGGGAAGCGCCUAAGCAGCGUUUCCAAUUCUUAUCUCUCGUGGAUGGUCGCCAAUCUCCCCGGCGAUCCAUGGGCGGACUUGGCACAGCAGCACCUCUCGGAUCGCCGGUCCCCUCUCUCCUCCCACUGGCGAUGGAUCGAAUCGUCGCUCGCGGGCGCCCAGUCGCUAGAAGAGGCGCGUGCGAUCCAGGCCCGGAUCUUCGCGAACUUGCCUGGGGCCGCGGAGGAUGCCCAAGUGGGCAAUCUUCUCGUCCAGGCGAUGGCGCGAUUGGGCGGGACGAAGGACGCGCGCGUGGCGUUUGCGAGGAUCAAGAUCAAGGACGCCGCGUCGUGGAGCGCGAUGAUCGAGGGGUACUCGCGCAAUGGGCAGCACCGCAAGGCGAUCGAUCUCUACCGGAGGCUGUUGUUCCAGGCGGAGAUCGAGCCCAAUGCGGCGAUCUUCGCGGCCGCGCUCGAGGCGUGUGGAUCGCUCAAGAUGCCCAGAGAUGGCAUCUCUGUUCACGCGAGGAUCGCUGCCACCGGCCAAGAACUCCUCAAAGCUCUCCAAAUCAGCAUCUUGGAAAUGUAUGUGAGCUGCGAAUGCAUCGAUUGCGCAAGAGCGUGGUUCGAAGAAUUCGCUCCAAGAGAUGCUAUGGUGGCAAACGCGAUGAUUUCAGCAUAUGCCCAACACGGGCAUUUUGACGAGGCUCUUGACCUCUACGAAGCUAUGGUGUCCCGGGGCGUACGGCCAAGCUCUCACGCGCGGCGGUCCGCGAUCCUCGCGUGUGCCGUACAGGGAAGGCUCGAGCUAGGGGUCUCGAUCCGCGAGAGCACGGAGGAUUUGGACCUUGGCGUGGAGAACUCGGUGCUAAAUCUCUUUGCGAGGUGCGGCGGGAUGGAGAGGGCCUGGUAUUUCUUCCGGGGAAUGCGCGAGAGAGAUGCGGUGUCGUGGAACACGAUGCUGUGGGCGUGUGCGCAUCGCGGGCUGGAUCGCCAGGCGCUGGGAUUGUUCCGGGAGAUGGAUCUCGAGGGCGUGGAGGCGAAUCUCUUCGCCUUGCGAUGGAUAGUCCGGGCGUGCUCCACGAGCCUCGCAGAGGAAUGCCAGGGUGUUUACGAGUGGGAAUUGGAUCAAGCAGUAGCAAAUUCUCCCCUCGAACAGUGA